UGUAUCAAAACAAACCCAAAACCAGCCACCUUCAACUCUCUCUCUCUCUUUCUCUUUCUCUUUCUUUCUUUCUUUCUUUCUCUUCCAAACACAACAGUCAAUCACAACCCCCCAAAGACUUUCACUCUCUCUCUUUAAUGGGUUUUAAUAUUAUUUGUAUGAAAAAAUAUUGUUAUUAUUAUUAUUAUUUUUAUUUUUGUUGGGUUAAUUAAUUUUAAAAUUAAGUAGAAAGUCCCUCAAGUUAGCUUAGCUAGCCCACACCCCACCAAAUGGAACUUACAGAUUUGCAACAAACCAGCAGCAGUAAGCAACCAAACAACAAUAAUUCUUCUUCUUCUUCAGAACCCCACCACCAUCCUCAUCCUCUUCUUCAUCACCACCACCACCACCAUCUUCAACAACAACACUCUUCUUCUUCUUCUUCUUCUUCUCCUCAGAUUGUGGUCCCUUCUUUUGAUGGCACCACCACCACCAGAUCAGCUCCUUUCAUGGCCUCCAUCUCCAUCCAAGCUGGCCUCUCUGUUUCAGCUCCUCCUCCUCCUCCUUCUUCUUCUUCCUCUUCAUCGUCCUCCUCCGUUGACGCCUCUCUAGCCAUCGCCACCAGAUCUACUCCCCUUAAUGAUUCCUCCAAAAAGAAUAAAAAUUUAGUCGCAACUCCCACCACCAUCACCACCACCGCAACUACUUCUGCAACUACUGCCACAACAACAGCUGCAACCUCAACCACGGCGAACCCAGCUGUGAAACGAUCAACAAAAGACCGGCACACGAAAGUGGACGGACGAGGACGGAGGAUAAGAAUGCCGGCAACAUGUGCAGCGAGGGUUUUUCAGUUGACUCGUGAGCUGGGACACAAAUCUGAUGGCGAAACCAUUGAAUGGUUACUGCAGCAAGCUGAGCAUGCAAUAAUUGCAGCCACUGGGACGGGCACAAUUCCAGCAAAUUUUUCAACUUUGAAUGUUUCUUUGAGGAGUAGUGGAUCUACUCUUUCAGCUCCUCCUUCAAAGUCUGCUCCUCAUUCUUUUCACGGCGCUUUAGCUUUGGCUCAUCAUCCUCACUUUGAAGAAGGAUUUCCACACACGGCGUUGUUAGGGUUUCAUCAUCAGCAGCACCAUCUGAUGACGGCUGAUCAGAUAGCGGAAGCACUUCCAGCCGGAGAAGGGGCUGGAGGCGGAGGAGGAGACUCGAGUACUGAGAAUUACAUGAGGAAGCGGUUUAGAGAGGAUUUGUUUAAAGAAGAUAAUCAGUCACAAAGUGAGAGUGGUGGAGGUGGCGGCGGAGGAGAAUCGUCUUCAAUUAACAAAGCCUUUAAAACUGGAAGUGGUUUACAAUUAUCAAAACAACAAGGAGAACCUUCAAACACUUUGCUUCGUUCAUCGAAUAUUUUACCGGCGACAGCCAUGUGGGCCGUCACUCCUGCUCCCACCAGUGCAGCUGGAAGCACAUUCUGGAUGCUACCGAUGACCGCCGGAGGGGGUGGAGCAGGCGUGUCCGGCGCCGGACCAUCGGAACAACAACAAAACCAGCAGCAUCAGAUGUGGGCAUUUCAAUCAGCAACAGCAGCAGCUCCAGUAUCUCCCAGCACAACACUUCAAGCGCCGCUACAUUUCAUGUCGAGAUUCAAUUUUCCGGGAAGUCUGGAGUUCCAAACGGGAAGAGGAAAUCCAUUACAAUUGAAUUCAAUGGUAAUUCAACAACAACAACAACAACAACAACAACAACAGCAACCGUCUCAACAUCUGGGCCUGGGAAUAGCAGAAUCAAAUUUGGGAAUGUUGGCAGCUCUAAACGCAUACUCAAGAGGAAAUUUAAACAUGAAUUCAGAGCAAAAUAAUCCAAUGGAGCAUCAACACCAUCACCACCAUCAUCAUCAUCAACAUCAGCAUCAGCAUCAGCCUCAGGGGACUGAUGACAGUGGAGAUGAUCAGGAUCCAAAUACUUCUCAAUGAGGACGAUUAUUUGAAAUCUGGGUUAGUAAAUUAAAUGCUCUUAAUUUGAUGAAAAAAAAUAUUUGACCUGGGUUUGGUUCAUAGGAGAUGGUAGAAAUAUUGUUGGGUUUGUUUUUGCAGAUUUGGUGAAGUUGAAGUUGAAUUUGUGAUGCUUGAAAAAAUAAUAUAUUUUCAUGGAGUGAUUCAUCUGAGGAGAGACAUUCCUCCUAGCUAGUUGCAUUAAUUUUAGUAAUUUUAUUUUGAUUUUUAAUUUGGGAAUUUGUCUAGAUCGAUGCAGAGGGACAAGUUUGAGAUGUAAGAUGUUAGUUUUGUCCAAAGGGACUUUGAAAGGGAACGUAGAUUUAGAGGAGAGCUUGUAUAGGAGGAUAUUUGUUUGUGUUAUUAUUAUUAUUACUAGUAUUUUAUCA